GCCUCCAGGAUUUUUACACACCAUGGUCGGGCCAGCUGCGCCGCUGACUCCCCACUAAUUACCCUGAAGAUGCUCAAUGCCCCCCGUGCUGCGGUAGAAUAUGGCGGAGUCGGAUGGUGGAGAUUUUGCUCCGAAACAGUCACGGAGAAGCACCCUGUGCUGUACUUUCUCCGCCCCAAGCCACAGUGACACCCUCCUCCAGGGCUUGUCCGUUCUGCGGGAUCAGGGCCAGCUACUCGACGUUGUGCUGGCCAUCGAUGAAGAGCGCUUCCUGGUCCAUAAAGUGGUGCUGGCUGCCUGUAGUGAUUAUUUCAGAGCAAUGUUUACCGGAGGCAUGAGGGAGUCGAAUCAAAAUACUAUUGAGCUGAAAGGCUUGUCUGCCAGAGGCCUCAAACAUAUUAUUGACUUUGCCUACAGCGCAGAAGUGACUUUAGACCUGGACUGUAUUCAGGACGUCCUGGGAGCCGCUGUGUUUCUCCAGAUGGACCCCGUCGUGGAGCUCUGUGAGGAGUUCCUCGAGUCGGCGAUGAGCGUUGAGACGUGUCUGUACAUUGGGCAAAUGGCCACCACCUUCAGCUUGUCUUCCCUUAAAGAGUCAGUGGAUGCCUUCACCUUUCGUCACUUUGUCCAGAUUGCAGAAGAGGAGGACUUUCUGCACAUUCCCAUGGAGCUCCUCGUCUUCUUCCUACAGAGCAACAAACUGGAAAACUGUACCGAGAUUGACCUCUUCCACGCCGCCAUCCGGUGGCUCCAGCACGAUGACUCCCGCCGGGCUCAAGCCAGUAGCGUCCUCUGCCACGUGCGCUUCCCGCUCAUGCGCUCCUCCGAGCUGGUGGACAGCGUUCAGAGGGUAGACAUCAUGGUGGCGGAUGUGCUGUGUCGCCAGUACCUCCUCGAGGCCUUCAAUUACCAGAUUCUUCCAUUCCGACAGCAUGAAAUGCAGUCCUCGCGGACGCUCAUUCGCUCCGAUGUCAUGUCGCUCAUCACCUUUGGUGGGACGCUGUACACUGACAACGACCGCAUGGUGAGCACAAAGGUGUACUAUCUCCCUGACAUUACCUCCCGCCAAUUCAAAGAACUGACCGAGAUGGAAGCCGGGUGCAGUCACGCCUGCGUCGCCGUGCUUGACAACUUUGUUUACAUCGCCGGUGGACAGCACUUACAGUACCGCAGCGGCGAGGGAGCAAUUGACAGCUGCCUCCGCUACGACCCGCACCUGAGCCAGUGGCUACGCAUGCCGCCCAUGCAGGAGGCCCGCAUCCAGUUUCAGCUCAAUGUUCUGAAUGGACUGUUGUAUGCCACAGGGGGGCGCAACCGCUCCGGCAGCCUGUCAUCCGUAGAGUGCUACUGCCCAAAGAAGAAUGAGUGGUCCUACGUGGAGCCCUUAAAACGCAGAAUUUGGGGCCAUGCGGGAUCGCACUUUGGCGAAAAGCUGUACAUCUCAGGAGGUUAUGGCAUCUCAUUAGACGACAAGAAGACUCUCCACUGCUAUGACCCAGCUUCAAACCAGUGGGACUACAAGGCCCCCAUGAGCCAUCCAAGAGUGCUGCACGGCAUGGUCGGGACCAGCGAUCGACUUUACGCCCUGGGUGGCCGCAUGGACCACGUGGACCGCUGUUUCAAUGUGCUGGCGGUCGAGUAUUACAUUCCAGAGAGCGAUCAGUGGACCACGGUCAGCCCAAUGCGAGCGGGGCAAUCUGAAGUGGGCUGCUGCUUGCUUGGCAAGAAGAUCUAUGUUAUCGGGGGUUAUAACUGGCACCUCAACAACGUAACAAGCAUCAUUCAGGUGUACAACACAGAGACUGAUGAGUGGGAGAGGGAUUUGCACUUUCCAGAAUCCUUUGCUGGCAUUGCUUGUACUCCAAUUAUACUUCCACGAAGCGUCACCCAAUGCUGAACACCUGACCUGUGACUGUGAAAACUUUGCUCUGUGUGCUGCUUUUUUUUUUUUUUUUUAAACACUGGCAAGUCAGUGCAAGUCUUUGCCACUAAAUAAACACAAGUAUUUAUGAGAAAAAAAUUACCUGAGAAACUAUCGCAUUAUCACUGUAUAACUGCAACCCAAAAGCUCAAAAAGUUUCACCACAAGUUGGUGUUUUAGGGAAAAUGUUGCACUGCGAUUCUGUUUUUAUAAAUUUGAUGUUCUCUUUCCAGGAUUACUGCACAUGUCCAUUUGGCUAAUGAUCAACUGGGAUUUGAGUAGAACUGUUGUCUCACAUUAGAUUUAGCCAAGUGAACACUUUUAUCCCUUUAAAUAUCAACGAUUGUCUGAUUAGUUGUUUUCUUAAUAAAGGCUUUGUUUAUAGCACAGAUUUGUCCUUUCAGUUUGUCCUAUUUUUAGAGUAGUAU